AUGGCGGCUGUACCAAGAGAGAGCUUACAAGUGGAACCGGCCGUAAAGGCGAGAGCAGCUAACAGAGAUCUAAACCAAAAGAACAAUCGCGCAGCGCACAACUGGCUUAAGGUGCGGAAGGCUCUAGAAAGAGAAAAGGCACAUUGGAGGAAAGGUGCCGUGGAUGAUCGAAACAAGUUGUUGAAGCAACGCGAAGAGCUGCGAAAUACCUCGCUGAAUUUGACGAGAUCAGACUCUUUGAACUCUGAACAAGCAGCUGCUGUUGUUCCAUCCGGGGUGACGCGUCAGAUGUCCCUGAAAGAUGUUUACGAGGCUCUGCUUAAAUCGAAUCGCGAAAAAGACGAUGCUGGCUCUGUAAGGAGUGUUAAAUCAGAACCCUCUUUAAGGAGGGCCUCGACAAUCAGCUUCGAACAGAAGCGAAUUGGACGAAAACCAAUUAACUUUUCUCUACAAGGCUUACAGAAGGCAAACAGCAACCUGCAAAGUAAACGGCAGGCAGUUGAUAAAGCACAACGAUUGUCGGUUGACGACAAAUCUGACCACAAUACAAGGCCACAAUCAGGUCCGCCAGAAAGUCACUUUGAUUUGAACGAGGAGGAACUCAGUUUAGGUCCAACGCUUAAACUUCCGCCAACCCAUCUACCGCCUAUAAGACGGAGCGUGGGUUUUAAGCCAAGGGUCAGAAACUUCAACAAGGAUGAAGCUUUUAAAGCGCGGGUGCAUGGUACAGAAUACACACUUGACGAUAUCCGCUACUGUCGCUACUUAAGAAAGAGAUCGGGACGCACGCGAUCGGAUCCGACUGAUGCGAAAAAAAUCUCGCACUUUCAACGAAAGUCCGCCGACCAAAAGGAGAGAUGA